AUGGCCAGGACAGUGGUCUCUUCCCCACACCAGGAACUGGCCAAGUACUUUUUGGCAGAACUGCUCUCAGAGCCAAGCCAGACAGAAAAUGAAGCCCUGGAGUCUGAGGACUUGUCCCGAGGGGCUGAGCAGGACGAAGUGAGACUGGAGCUGGAGCGCUCGGCUAACUCAAACCCCGCUCUGGCACCCCGGGAACGCAAAGCGGGCUGCAAGAACUUCUUCUGGAAAACUUUCACAUCCUGUUAGCUUUUGAAACCCACCUCUUCUCCCCAUCCAUCCCUGCCUUCUUCCUAGCCCCCCACCCUGAGCAGAACCUUCACCAUAAGAGGCGAAGACUGUAAAUACAUGAUCCAUGGUUACGGUGAAAUUAAACAAACAAGGAAGAUUUGAGUUUGAUUUCCACUUGUUUUAAUAAAACUUUCUGUUCCAAUUGUACACGAUUUGCUUGAGUUGUGAUUUCUGACUAGUUCUUUAAUGACAUGCACUCUGCAGCUCUUUCAGAUGUACUAUUUUUAAUUCUUUGUUGCAAUAAAGUUUAUGUUUCAAAGGGUGA